CUCUGUGUUUCCGGGGGAGCGGUACGGUGAAGUACAGGUCCUUCAGUAACCGUGGGGAGGUGAGAGAGCGGAGAAAGCAGUGUAAACCGUUAUAGAAAGCGGUGUAUUUAUAAUUAAUAGAGGCAGGAUGUUAUUACAGGACUGGACAGCCCUCUCAGUGCAUUAACUAAUAUACCGAUACUCAUUAUGGCUGCACAUGCUUCCAGUAAGACCUGACCACCACCACCCAGCCAGCCAUGCAAAGCCCUGACCUCCACCACCCAGCCAGCCAUGCAAAGCCCUGACCUCCACCACCCAGCCAGCCAUGCAAAGCCCUGACCUCCACCACCCAGCCAGCCAUGCAAAGCCCUGACCUCCACCACCCAGCCAGCCAUGCAAAGACCUGACCUCCACCACCUAGCCAGCCAUGCAAAGCCCUGACCUCCACCACCCAGCCAGCCAUGCAAAGCCCUGACCUCCACCACCCAGCCAGCCAUGCAAAGCCCUGACCUCCACCACCCAGCCAGCCAUGCAAAGCCCUGACCUCCACCACCCAGCCCUGACCUCCACCACCCAGCCAGCCAUGCAAAGCCCUGACCUCCACCACCUAGCCAGCCAUGCAAAGCCCUGACCUCCACCACCCAGCCAGCCAUGCAAAGCCCUGACCUCCACCACCCAGCCAGCCAUGCAAAGCCCUGACCUCCACCACCCAGCCAGCCAUGCAAAGCCCUGACCUCCACCACCCAGCCAGCCAUGCAAAGCCCUGACCUCCACCACCCAGCCAGCCAUGCAAAGCCCUGACCUCCACCACCCAGCCAGCCAUGCAAAGCCCUGACCUCCACCACCUAGCCAGCCAUGCAAAGCCCUGACCUCCACCACCUAGCCAGCCAUGCAAAGCCCUGACCUCCACCACCAAUGUAACCAUGCAGGGGCCUUACCUCCACCACCUAGCCAGCCAUGCAGAGACAUGACCUCUACCACUACCUAGCCAGCAAUGCAGAGACCUGACCCCCACUACCUAGCCAACCAUGCAGAGACCUGACCUCCACUACAUAGCCAGCUAUGCAGAGACCUGACCACCACCUAGUCAACUAUGCAGGGACCUGACCUCCACCACCUAACCAACCAUGCAAAGACCUGACCUCCACCACCUAGCCAACCAUGCAAAGACCUGACCUCCACCACCCAGCCAGCCAUGCAAAGCCCUGACCUCCACCACCUAGCCAGCCAUGCAAAGCCCUGACCUCCACCACCAAUGUAGCCAUGCAGGGGCCUUACCUCCACCACCUAGCCAGCCAUGCAGAGACAUAACCUCUACCACUACCUAGCCAGCAAUGCAGAGACCUGACCCCCACUACCUAGCCAACCAUGCAGAGACCUGACCUCCACUACAUAGCCAGCUAUGCAGAGACCUGACCACCACCUAGUCAACUAUGCAGGGACCUGACCUCCACCACCUAACCAACCAUGCAGGACCUCCACCACCCAGCCACCUCCACCACCUAGCCAACCAUGCAAACCUGACCUCCACCACCUAGCCAACCAUGCAAAGACCUGACCUCCACCACCUAGCCAGCCAUGCAAAGACCUGACCUCCACCACCUAGCCAGCCAUGCAAAGACCUGACCUCCACCACCUAGCCAACCAUGCAAAGACCUGACCUCCACCACCUAGCCAACCAUGCAAAGACCUGACCUCCACCACCUAGCCAGCCAUGCAAAGACCUGACCUCCACCACCUAGCCAGCCAUGCAAAGACCUGACCUCCACCACCUAGCCAGCCAUGCAGAGACCUGACCUCCACCACCUAGCCAGCCAUGCAGAGACCUGACCUCCACCACCUAGACAGCCAUGCAAAGACCUGACCUCCACCACCUAGCCAACCAUGCAGGGACCUGACCUCCACCACCAAUGUAGCCAUGCAGGGGCCUUACCUCCACCACCUAGCCAGCCAUGCAGAGACAUGACCUCUACCACUACCUAGCCAGCAAUGCAGAGACCUGACCCCCACUACCUAGCCAACCAUGCAGAGACCUGACCUCCACUACAUAGCCAGCUAUGCAGAGACCUGACCACCACCUAGUCAACUAUGCAGGGACCUGACCUCCACCACCUAACCAACCAUGCAGGGACCUGACCUCCACCACCCAGCCAGCCAUGCAAAGACCUGACCUCCACCACCUAGCCAGCCAUGCAGAGACCUGACCUCCACCACCUAGCCAGCCAUGCAGGGGCCUGACCUCUACCAUCACCUAGCCAGCCAUGCAGGGGCCUGACCUCUAACACCACCUAGCCAGCCAUGCAGGGGCCUGACCUCUACUGCCACCUAACUAGAACUAGCCAUGCAGGGACCUGACCUCCAAUACCUAGCCAGCCAUGCAGGGACCUGAUCUCUACCACUAACUAGCCAGCAAUGCAGAGACCUGACCCCCACUACCUAGCCAACCAUGCAGAGAUCUGUCUCUCCCCCCCCCACCUCCCCACCUAGCCAGCCAUGCAGGGACCCAACCUCGACUACCUAGCCAACCAUGCAGAGACCUGCCAGCCAAGCAGGGGCCUGACCUCCACCACCUAGCCAGCCAUGCAGGGGCCUGACCUCUAACACCACCUAGCCAGCCAUGCAGGGGCCUGACCUCUACCGCCACCUAACUAGCCAUGCAGGGGCCUGACCUCCAAUACCUAGCCAGCCAUGCAGGGACCUGAUCUCUACCACUAACUAGCCAGCAAUGCAGAGACCUGACCCCCACUAACUAGCUAACCAUGCAGAGACCUGUUCUCCCCCCACCUAGCCAGCCAUGCAGGGACCCAACCUCGACUACCUAGCCAACCAUGCAGAGACCUGACAUCCAUUACAUCGCCAGGCAUGCAGAGACCUGACCUCCACCACCUAGCCAGCCAUGCAGGUACCUGACCUCUACCAGCACCUAGCCAGCCAUAGAGAGACCUUACCUCUUCCACCUAACCUCCACCUCAUAGCCAGCCAUGCAGGGAACUGACCUCCACCACCUAGCCUACCAUGGAGGGACCUGACUACCUCGACCUAACCAGCCAUGGAGAUACCGGACUACCUCCACCUAGCCAGCCAUAGAGGGACCUGACCUCCACCACCUAGCCAGCCAUGGUGGACCUGACCUCCACCACAUAGUCAGCCAUGGAAGAACCUGACCUCUACCACCUAGCCAGCCAUGGAAUGACCGAUCUCCAACCUCUAGCCAGCCAUGGAUUGACCUGACUUCCACCACCUAGCAAGCCAUGCAGGAACCUUACCUAGCCAGCUAUGUAGGGAUCUGACCACCACCACCUAACUUGCCAGGAAUGGACCUUACCUCUGUAAUUCUUUUAGUAGGUCCCAGGGACCUCAGCCAUCUAGUUAGCCAUGCAGGGAAAGUGACCAUAGCCCUAUCCAGUCAUAUAAGGUACCUGAGCGUAGUUUACUAGCAAGAGACUACGGUAAUUCAUUUUUAUUGAGUAGACCAGCUAUUCCCACCCAAUUCUCAUGGCAAAACAACUGUCUCAGACAGUAUCCAUAUUUGAAAAGAAUUGAGAAAUAAAUAAAUCUUGCAUUGUUGUUGUGUCUUGAGUCCUGGGUUGGCAAAUUACUCAAAAAGCUAUGGCUCCUAUGCACAUUUACAAAUAAAGGAUAUUCAAGUCUAUAUGUGAGCAAACAGCGUGAGAAUAAACCGUGUGUCUUAUCUAAGGCAAAACAUGUCAUUUAGUAAUCUUUAGUAGAAAAAUUCUUCCCAUAGUACUAUUAUCUAUCUUAAUACACUGCAGCAACUGAACACCUUUGUGUUAAAUGGUGUUUGUUCUAUUUAAUGGUUGGUUUGUUUGGAGUGAAUUUGGUUUCUUCUCAAUAUAGGCAUAGUAUAUUUUGCUUAGUUGCCAGUGUUCUCUUGAUUAGAAUGACUUCUGAGUUGGUAUAUGUCCUCAAGCGUACUGCUAAACAUGUGUCUUUAGGCAUCCAGUCCUAUUUAUGUACUUUUUAGUAACGUUUCCCCCUCCACAAUCCAUGUGUACCCAGGGUCCAUAAGAUCUUCUACUUUGGUCCCCACUUGACAACAUUGGCCCUAGUAAGUGUACGCAUUUAGGGAAACUCUCCAGGGGCACACCACACUCAGCGUAGCCCAGAUUUCUCCUUACAACUCAUCGGAUCCCCAAAUCCAUAGCUCUGGUUGGCCUUCACAAACUGGUCAUAGGUUUCAGUUAUUUCACUUUUACAUCUGGCGUAUUACUGUCUGAAUGAUGACUGUGGCCUUUUGUGGAGUAUAAAGGAUAUAUAAUGCAAACUUUGGAGCUAUUUAUUAAUGUCCCAGUUUGUGAUCGACUAGCCUGUAAACAUCCAAAACAAAAUUGUGGGUCUGUUUCUUAACCAACGCACACAAUGAAAGUAAAUUAUUUUUGGAUUCUAACUGCUGGGAGUCAGCAAGGGUGUGUGUAAGCAUUCCUGUCUUUUUAAACUACAUUGAAUGAUGUGGCACUGGUAGAAUCCUCAUGUAAAAUGCCUGAGAAAAAUAAUUCUAGCAAAUUAUUUACAAUUGCUAAUGGAAACCUUCAUGAGUAAGUAGCGUGUGUAGCAUUAAAAGUGUUGGAUUUUCUAACCUUAUUUUAUUUAUUUUUUCUGUUCUGAGCAUCCCCACAUUCACCCUAAUGUUUAUUUAAUACAUUUUCUAAAUUGCCAUUAUUUGUGUUUCAUUGAGAGGUUUGUUUGUUUUUUCCUUGGAUGUUCCAUUUGAGGAUACAACCAAAUUUGUUGCAGAAUUACUAAAAUACUACUUCAUUAUCUCCUGGUGGUCUUUUUUCUCUGUAAAACUCCUCCAUCCCCCCAGCAUCUUACCUUGAUGGUUUCUUGUGCCCUUUCCGUGUGGUUCUUGGGAUCUUAUUCCUCAAAGAUUUGUACUCUACUUAGGACUCUCAUUACCUGCGCAUAGCUUAAUUUUGACUUCUCUUGGGCUGAAAAUACCUACUUAUACUUCUAUUUAGCUCCGUUUCCCACCAGUAAGCAUCCUUGUUAUGAUCAAAUACUUAAACUCCUGUAAGGACCCAUCAAUAUCAGAAUUGGCAUCAACUGCUAUGAACACCAAAAAGAUUAUUCAUUAAAAUUAAAUUUACUUUGAAUUCUCACAUAAGUGAAAAACCCUGCAAGUGUGAUCGUUGAUGAACCUCCUUCAAAAGUGACUUGCAGGAUGGAUGAGCUAAGGGAUAAGACUUGACUUUUUGCUUGGUUAGAAACCACAAGUCUAUGUGAGCUUUGUUGUGAUUUGGAAUACAGCUGCCCCACUUUACCUAGUGGAGAAGCAUACACACAACUUAUUCUGCUCCUUGUCUUCAGGAGGAUGUCAUGUUUCACCAGGAAAAAAGAUUGGGAGAAGCAUAGGCUUAAUUUAAUUAAUAUUAAAGGCAAACACUCGAUCUGUUAUUUUCUGGGCUCUUCUUCUGAUGCAUUCCUAUCUACUUUACAGUGCAAGAUCUACUAAUGUGGCUGUACAUGGUAUAGCAGCAUUUGCCUUUAAUUUACAGACUCCCUCAAUGACCUCCUGAAGCACAAGCAUCAUUAUCAUCCACUGGUGUUGUCUACUUGUGUUACUAGUAUUCUCCUUUGAUCUUUUGCUGUACUUCCUGUAGAGAUGGUCAACCAAUUUGAGGGCUUGCAAUGUUCUGGCUAAUGGUAAUAGCUGGUGUAACUGCUCACCCUUCUUGACGUCUUGGUCAAAAACUCACUUUCUCCAGAACUUUUCUGAAUGUGGAGGCAGUGAUUCAUUAGAAAGGUUUCCCAUCUAGAAGACUGAAGUGAUUUACACUGCAAGUAGCCCCAUUAGUAUCGCUAUGAAUCCCCCAGUAGGCAGAGAACUCUUGUUAAAUGGAUCAGUGUAAGAAAUGGAAAUUGAAGCAACAUGCCAGAUAUAGAUCAGAUAAAGAAAGGGAUAGAACAUGUAACUGAGCCUAAUAUUGAAGACUUUAAAAAGGUUUAAAACUAUAAAAUGUUACUAUUGUGCCAUCAAAUUGUUGAUAACUCCCCUUUACAGAACUUUGAUCACGUGAGUGAUAAAAGGAACACUAUUGUGUUAGGGAUACAAAGCUAUAUUGUCCCCUUACCUUUUAAACACUCUCCUCUAUGCUGGCUCAGUCUCUGCCACCUCCAAUGUCAUUGUGAUGGGGAAGCUAAUGUACAUGCGUGGUGAGUGUCGUGGUCAUUUAGUCAAUGCUUUCCUAUGGGUUUUUAAAAGAUACUGAACAUGUAAAGCGUUAAAUGUUAAACUCAGUGAAACAAUAGAAAGCACCAGUAGAGGCAGUCUAAACACUGCUAUGAAAAUAUUGCAAUUUCUCUAAAAGGGCACAGGGACACUACACUCAGACCACUUCAAUUCCAUUUAAACUCAAUUUAAAGGGACACUAUAGACAUCAAAACAACUCAUUGUAGUUGUUCUGGUGAGUACAGACAGUCCCUGCAGACAUAUUCAUGCAUACACUGUCUUUUCAUAGAAAAGGCAGUAUAUAUAUGAAAACCUAGGGACACCUCCAGUGGUCACUGGAGGUGUUUCCUGGGGGAGUGCUGCACACUCUCAGCAUGGAGAUGCUGAACUUUCCUUAUAGAGAUGUACUGAUUAGCCACGCACCCAACCAGCCUCCUUGGUGAUCUCAGCCACUCCAAUGCUUUCCCUAUGAGAAAGCAUUGGAUUGGUUGAGAUCAUCAAUUCUGAUAAUGUCAGCCAAGGAGGCAGAUCGGGGGACAGGGUCAGCAUUGGUGGACCCACGCAGCUCUAUAUAAAAUAGGAGGUACAUUUCUAGGUGAACACUGGUGAGACCUCACUUGGAGUAUUGUACGCAGUACUGGAGACCGUAUAUUCAGAAGGAUAUUGAUACUUUAGAGAGAGUUCAGAGAAGGGCUACUAAACUGGUUCAUUGAUUGCAGGAUAAAACUUACAAGGAAAGGUUAAAGGAUCUCAACAUGUAUAGCUUGGAGGAAAGACGAGACAGGGGGGAUAUGAUAGAAACAUUUAAAUACAUAAAGGGAAUCAACAGUAAAGGAGGAGACUAUAUUUAACCCCUUAAGGACUGAGCCAAAUGUACACGUUCUCAAAACAAAAUCUGGAAUUUGACUAUAUGUCUGUUCAACCGUAAUUCGACUCUUUCAUAUUAAGUGCAUCCACACUUAUUAUAUAUCAUUUUAUUCAGGAGAAACAGGGCUUUCUUUUAACAUUAAAUAUUUAUGUAUGAAACAUAAUUUAAUAUGAAUAAAAUAUAAAAAAAACAUUUUAACUGAAUGUCAUACUGUUUGCUUUUACUGCAAUAAAAUACACAUAUUUCUAUUCAUUGAUGUCUCACGUGUAAAACGGUACCCCUAUGUACAGGGUUUAUAGUGUUUUGGGAAGUUACAGGGUCAAAUCUAGCAUGUUCAAUUUUUCAGUUUUUUCACAUUGAAAUUCGCCAGAUUGGUUACGUUACAUUUGAGACCGUAUGGUAGCCCAGGAAUGAGAAUUACCUCCAUGAUGACAUACCAUUUGCAAUAGUAGACAACCCAAGGUAUUGCAAAUGGGGUAUGUCCAGUCUUUUUUAGUAGCCACUUGGUCACAAACACUGGCCAAAGUUAGUGUUAAUAUUUGUUUGUGUGUGAAAAAUGCAAAAAACUAAUUUGAACGCCAAUGGCGUUCAAAUUCGUUUUUUGCAACGUAACCAAUCUGGCAAAUUUCAAUGUGAAAAAACUGAAACACAAGCCUUAUAUUUGACUCUGUAACUUUUGAAAACACCAUAAAACCUUUUGCAAUUGGGAGUACUGUUAUACUCGGGAGACUUCGCUGAACACAAAUACUAGUGUUUCAAAACAGUAAAACGUAUCACAACAAUUAUAUCGUCAGUGUAUAUGCAGUGGUGUAUCCUGGUGUUGUGCUGCCCUAGGCAGGACAAAACUCAGGCGCCCCCUCCCCCGUGUGCCACCUCCACCCAACCUGCUAAAAUACACACACACAUUCACUGACAGAUACGCAUACACUAGCUAACAGAAACACACACACACACACUAACAGACACACUCAUUAACAGACACACACACAGACACACUAACAGACACACACACACUAACAGACACAAACUCACACACUAACAGACACACACACUCACUGACACACACACACACACACUAACAGAUACACACUCACACACUAACAGACAUACACACACUAACAGUCACACACUAACAGUCACACACUAACAGUCACACACUAACAGACACACACACUCACUAACAGAUACACACACACUCACUAACAGACACACUCAUUAAGACACACACACAGACACACUAACAGACACACACACUCAGCGAACACACACUAACAGACACACACUCACUGACACACACACACACACACUAACAGAUACACACUCACACACUAACAGACAUACACACACUAACAGUCACACACUAACAGACACACAAAUUCACUAACAGACACACACACUCACUAACAGAUACACACACACUCACUAACAGAUACACACACUAAUAGACACACACACACACACUAACAGACACACACACUGACACACACACACUAACAGACACACACACACACACUAACAGAUACACACACUCACUAACAGACACACACUAAUAGACACACACACUAAUAGACACACACACACACUAACAGACACACACACUAACAGACACGCACUCUCACUCACUCACAUUAACAGACACACACACUAACAGACACGCACUCUCACUCACUCACAUUAACAUGCUUUUUUAUUUAUUUAACAUCCCCCCCCCCCAGCCUCCUUACCUUUGGGAAUGCUGGGGGGUAGGGAGGGUUCUCUAUCUCCCCGGGGGUCCAGUGGCUGCUGGGCUGGGGGCUGGCGAGGGAGCUCUUCCUCGUGUGCCGCAGACAAGGCUGGGAGCCGGAAUAUGACGUCAUCAACCCGGCUCCCAGCCUCACUCUGCGGCGCGCGAGGGAGCUGAGCAGACCGCUCAGAGGAAGAGCUCCCUCGCCAGCCGCCCGCCCGCCCAGCACGUCUGUUAGCCACAAGGCUAACAAGGCAUUUGCCCUGGGCAUUUGGGGGCCCCCUGGAAAAUGCCGCCCAAGGCAAAUGCCUUGUUUGCCUCGCGGCUAAAACAGACACACACACACUAACAGAUACACACACUCACUAAUAGACACACACACACUAAUAGACACACACACACACACUAACAGACACACAAACACACUUACUAACACACAUACACACAUUAACAGAUACACACACUCACUAACAGACACACACACACUAACAGACACACACACACUAACAGACACACACUAAUAGACACACACACUAACAGACACACUAACAUAUUUAUUUAUUUAUUUAACCCGCCCCCCAGCUUCCUUACCUUUGGUAAUACUGGAGGGUGGGGGUUCUCUAUCUCCCUGGGGGGUCCAGUGGCUGCUGGGCGGGCGGCUGGUGGCUGGCGAGGGAGCUCUUCCUCUGAGCGGUCUGCUCAGCUCCCUCGCGUGCCGCAGACGAGGCUGGGAGCCGGAAUAUGACGUCAUCGGCCGACCACGGCCUGCGGCAGCGCGAGAGGAAGAGCUCCCUCGCCAGCCGCCCGCCCGCCCGCCCGCCCAGCAUGUCUGUUAGCCGCAAGGCUAACAAGGCAUUUGCCCUGGGCAUUUGGGGGGCGGCUUUUUUUGCCGCCCCCUGGAAAAUGCUGUCCUAGGCAAAUGUCUUAUUUGCCUCGCGGCUAAAACGCCCCUGCCUCGCGGCUAAAACGCCCCUGUGUAUAUGCCAUUUGCGUGUGAAAAAUGCAAAAAAUUCCAAUGGCGUUCAAAUUACUUUUUUGCAACAUAACCAAUCUGGAGAAUUUCAAUGUGAAAAAACUGAAACGCAAGCCUUAUAUUUGACUCUGUAACUUUUGAAAACACCAUAAAACCUGUACAUGAAGGGUACUGUUAUACUCGGGAGACUUUGCUGAACACAAAUAUUAGUGUUUCAAAACAGUAAAACGUAUCACAACAAUUAUAUCUUUAGUAUGUAUAUCUUAUGUAUGUUUAACUUCAUUCUAAGUGUAUUUUAAUACUAAUAUAUGUACUUAUAUUAAUUAAAUAUAUUACAUAUGAUGUUACAUAUAUAUAAUGUAUAUAUUAUAUAUAUAUUUAAUGUAUAUAUAUAUAUAUAAUAUGUAUAUUUAAUUUAUUUUAAACAUGUUAAAUAAUAAUUUUUUUUACACCUCCACCAGCAGGGGGACUGUCUGACAGCCCAGACAGUCUCCGUGCUGGAAGAUCCACAGCCAGCUAUAGGAUGCCAUGUGAUAGUUCUUUGAGUGCAAUCACAUGGCCCCCGGGGGCCUGAUUUGCUGUGUGAGGGCUACCUAGGCUGUCAGGCAGUCCCCUUGAAGCGGAUCGACGUGAAGGUAAGUAUUACAGAGGCUCCAGGGCUGCAAGCCGGCAUUGUAUGCUGUCGCAACGGCUUUAAAGCCCAUUUAAAUGGCGACGCCAUAGAAUGCCGUAACGGCGUUAAGGGAUUAAAAGAAGAAAAACAAAAGGACAUAAAUUAGAGGGGCAAAGGUUUAAAAAUAAUAUCAGGAAGUAUUACUUUACUGAGAGGGUGGUGGAUGCAUGGAAUAGCCUUCCAGCUGAAGUGGUAGAGGUUAACACAGUGAGGGAGUUUAAGCAUGCGUGGGAUAGGCAUAAGGCUAUCCUAACUAUAAGAUAAGGCCAGGGACUAAUGAAAGUAUUUCGAAAUGUUGGGCAGACUAGAUGGGCCGAAUGGUUCUUAUCUGCCGUCACAUUCUAUGUUUCUCUGAAUGGGUCAAGCCACCUACAUAAUGGUUUAACACUAAACGAUCAGGAAUACAUGUUUCUGUUCCUGACCCUAUAGCGUUCCUUUUUUUGCUUGAUACAAACAAAAGAACAUAAAUAUAGCCAUAAACAGGUGCAUAUAUAUUCAUAAACAAAGUAUAGGGCCCAUUUUCACUGAAUCGAUAUUGUUGUUGAAUAGUGUGAGAAUGGUUGUGUCAUCAUGGCUCACCUGCAGCCAGUAAUGUGAAAACAAAUGUAAGUUCCACAAAAGUUAGACAGUGCUGUAAGGCCCUGUAAAAAACUAAAAAAAACCCCACAAUAGAUCUUUAAAGUAAAUCUGUGGACGAUAAAUUUACCACCAAAAAUCAAUUUAAUCUAUAUAUUGUAUUGGAGUAAUUUUCUUUUUCUUUCACAAAAAGUAUGUUUUUUUUUUUUUUUUAAAUGCAGUUUCUAAAUAUUCUGUUAUGACAUGUGAAUGGAAAGUUCCCCAAAUCUUAACUAUUGAGACUACAUAUCUACCUUGACAAAAAAGUGCAUCUUAUAGCAGCUGGCUAUGAUAUACAGUGUUUCUGUAGAUCUUAACCGGUGUUGCCAAGACCUUUAAUGAGAGAUGCAAAGGAGACAUUAAAAUGGCAUCUGUUGGUUAGAUCGGCUACAGCACGUAACGAUCCUACACAGGCAUUUCAGAAAAAAAUGAGUGAAUGGAUAACACCUGAAUCCUUUAUAAAAUUAAAUAUAUAGAGUUGUUAUUAUUUUGACUAAUUUUAUGCUGCAUUCUCUUUUGCAAUCCUCUGCUAAACGGUGUCCUGCAUGGCUGGACAUACCUUUCUCCUAACCCACAGAUCUGCAUCUGGACUUGCCUACGUAUGUAACAUCUAACCUUUAGCUGCCGCACAAAACAAACUCAUAAUUGACUUCAAGUUCUAACAUGGAUUCUGAUGCACUAACAAGCAUUCUACCCUGCAUACUUGAAUAUCAAUAUCAAAUACAUUACUAAGAUUACCAUAAUUCUAUCUUCCAGUUCUGACUCUCUCAUGUCUUAUCUAGUCUUAUUUUUAAGAGCUGUUCCAUGGAGCUUCAUAUUCAUGAUAUUUCCCUCAUUGUUCUGUUACACUGGGCCAUUAAACAAUUAACGAAAGGUGUCUGUUGGUCAUUUAGUUGGGAAAAACUGAUCCUUUAUCAAAAUAUUAUCUAUUAACUUUCUAAAGAAUAUCUUUAUAGUCUUUUAUUCUGUUUAAUGUUUCUUUCAUUUCAGCUUGUAGUACCUUAUUGUACAUCUUUUUGGAAUCUUUAUGUUUACAGCAUUAUUCUGCAGUGGAGCCAUUCGCAGAUGUAUAGACCACCUCCUGGAUAUUCCCUGAGGUUGGUUAGUAGGACUGUUUUGUGAUUGUUGAAGACUUUUGCUUUUAAUUUAUAUUGGAGUACCAUAUGGCCAUGCUAUUAAGAAGAGGCUUUUUAAAACUCAAGUUUUGGGGUGUAUCCAGUGAUGGUCUCGUUUUUCUUCCCUUGUGUUUGAGGAGGUACAUCUAUGGAUCGAGAGUUCUCCAACUGCCCUGUUCACAUCAAGCCUCUAAGACUUACAAUAGCCACAAUGCAGGGCCAGUAUUUCUCAGAGCACCAGCUUUUGGUAACAAGGUAGCUUUUAUUGACCAUCAUGGACAGCAUUCAUACAAGGACCUCUACCUUCAAAGCUACUCCCUGUCCAAAAGAAUCAACCAAGUCUUGGGGUCUCCGAAUAAUGACUGUGUACCCGAGAGAGUGUCUUUCCUGUGCCCCAAUGACUCCUCUUAUGUAGUCUGCCAGUGGGCUGCAUGGAUGAGCGGUGCCAUUGCUGUGCCUCUUUGCAGGACUCAUCCUCUUCCAGAGCUGGAGUAUGUUCUUCAAGAUUCCCAGAGUGCACUGGUUGUGGCACAUGAAAUUUACAAAGAUCUUAUGGCUCCCUUGGCUGAAAAACUAGGGAUUUCUAUGCUCACAGUGUCUGGAGCUCAGCCUCAACUCUCCGUAAAGAAAAUUUCUGAAGUUGAUCUUCACCAACUAAAUUGGAAAGAGAGAGAAGCCAUGAUUGUCUACACUAGCGGGACAACUGGGAGACCCAAAGGUGUUGUCAGCUCACACCAAAACCUGCAUGCUACGGUAAGACUAAUUAAUUAACCAGAUCUAGUAAUUGAGAUGAUAUGAAUAUAUUGACUAAAUGUAAAAUUUUAGCCCAAAUUUUAUAGUAAGCAUUGGUCUGAUCUAAAUGAUUGAAUGAAUACAUUCUCCAAGUUAAUACAAUUUAACCUAAAAUGUCAGUGACAGUAUUUUGCAGUGCAUUGGGAUUUGUUUUUUUUCUUUCAUGUCCCUGCACACAUGUAAUGUGAAAUAUCCAAUAAGAAUCAAUGUGGGUCAAAGGUAUAUUUUACCGAUGAAAGAAUUGGUGCUUAUUCCAUAAACCGAGAGUUGUGGAGAUUCUACACACUUUUUUUUUUUUUAAAGAAUUCUUUAUUUUUGCGUUUUUUUCAUAAAGUAACAGUUUUACAGAAAUAUAAAAAGAUGGGUUAGUGCACGGUUUGUAUAUCAAGGAUUACAGCAUUCUGUACAGUACAGGUUCUGUCACACGUAGACAAAUAGUUUCAACAGUAGGGCUGUGGUGUGCCCUUUGGGGGUUUGGUUUCGGGUCUGUGCUGCUCAUGGCUGCAGUGGACCCUUGUGGUAGUGCUAUCUAGGUCCCUGUUCGUCGAGGGUCCAUCUGCGAUAAUGUUGUAGUAGCUGCCUAUCAGUGUGGUUGUAUUGGUUGUGGUCCGGUGGGUGAUCACCGUUUGGCAGGAGUAUAGUCCUUUGUGGGUUUACUAACUAUUUUUUAAAAGCACAGUUUAUUUAACCUAAAAUGUACAGUUUUGUGUUUUUCCAAUUUUCCAAAAUUCUCAGUUAGUCCAUAAUAAACAAAAAAAAUUACAAUUUAGCUACAAACAUAGUAAUUACUCCAGUCACAGGUAUUGGUCAGUUCCCAGCACAUAAGAUAGUAACACAAACUAUAUCUGAUGGUUAUAUCUAUACUGCCAGCUACCAGUGUGAGGAUCCCUGUCCAAAAUAAUGAGACCGUAACGGACAGGAACAUUUAACAAGCAUUCUGUUUUCUUAUAUUGAACAAAUUCUUAUCAUUCUAAUUCCCAUUGUAAUUGUCAAUCAACCAUUUCCCAAAGAUUACGGUUUGUGAUAUCAAGUUCUUGGGCUGGAAAUUUUAAAAUAUAAUAAAGACUGACCUCCUUCAUUUAUAUUCCAUGUAUCAAUUGUAUAGCUUCACACAACAUCUAGAAAUUCUGAUUUGCAAUACAUCACCAAUCAAUGUAUCUAUUGUUUAAAGGAUCCAUGUUUACAGGCAAUAGGAGAUGAAGUGGAUACUGAUCCCAUAACCUAUACAUCAUCAAAUUAUACAUGCUUUUCGAUAAAACAGGUUUCAAGUUCCCAUGCAAACUGAAUCAAAAGGGACAUUUUGUUUUUGGAAGUGGUUUGUAUAUUGUUGAAUUGUCCUGAAUUUUCCAAGUUCUUAAUAUAUGGCCAAAUGUCAGUCUAAUGUUGCCUCUGUGGGCUGUGCUGCCCUCUAGUGCUCCAUCCAGUUCUUCAACUUGGCUCCAUGUGAAUCUCCUAUAUUUUUUGAUCCAUCUCCCAGGUGAAUGCUCUAGUGAGUGCGUGGCAGUGGACCAAAGAAGACCGUAUACUUCACGUCCUACCUCUUCACCAUGUUCAUGGCGUGGUCAAUAAGUUGAUGUGCCCUCUGUGGGUUGGAGCCACAUGUGUAAUGCUGCCUGAAUUCUCCCCUAAAAAGGUAAGUGGAAACGGGAGGAAGUUGACUUGACAGAGAUGGGUGGUAUGAUGUAUUGCCAGUCCAGAACAUUGUAUUCAGCACAACAAAUAUUUCUUUACUAAUAUUACAGUUUAUGAAUCAUGUUCAUGUUUUAUACAGUGGAUUAGACAAAGAAACAUGCAAAUACAAUUAUAAUUAAUUUAAUAUUUUGUCCUUUGGUAAUAACUUUAAGUGCUCCAACAUUACAUCAAUGAUCCAUCCUUUGUCACAAUGAUUGUAGUUUAUCAGUCAUCUUUAAGGCUACACAAAAGCACAAUACUGAUGUCUGCAGACAACGCAAAAUAUGAAUGAAUAGUUGUCCUCAACAGUUUGAUUUGGUUCAAAUGGGAGACUGGAAAUUGAAGUAGUUGAUGAAUCACAACACAGAGAAAUGUAAGGUUAAGGAUUUGUAAAACAAUAAAUAUUACGUACGCUAGUUGUAUAUAUUUAUAACAUGGCGGGCAAACCUGUAGAUUAGUGGCACAGAGAAAGCGAGAAAAGACUUGAGACAGGGUGGAGUGAAUUUUAUCACAAUACAAAAUAAAAGAGGUGUCUUGUUAUCCCCACAUGGGGGUAUCAUAGUUACAGCACUCUGAUACCCAUGGUAUAGAACCAGUAAUGACACCUCUGAUAUAUCGAACAGAAAAUUCCAUUGAGACUCACUCUAUCAGCUGGUAGAUAAUGCUAUGUUUGAUUUAUGAUGUGCCAUAAAUAAGGGCUAUAUUAUUGUAUCUGAGCUAUACUGCCCUUUAUGUGAGCUGUGCAUAUUGUUGUAUUUGAGCUACAUUGUACAUCAUGAAACUAUAUGUUUUGCUAUAUUAGAGAUAACUGUGUUCUGUGAUUUGUACAUAUUGCCAUAUAUGAACAAAACUAUACUAUAUAUAAAAGCUGACUUUCUGCUAUUUUUGGCUAUAUAUAGAGUUGUAAAUUUUGCUAUAUAAUUGCGUUAUGUUGUUCUGUAUAUGUGAGUUUUAUAUAGUACUGUAUCAAUGUAUGUUGUCUGAUAUAUUAGACAUGUACAUAUUGCUAUAUUUAAAGGAACACUAUGGGGUCAGGAACACAAACAUGCACAGUUGCAAGAAAAAGUAUGUGAACCCUUUGGAAUGAUAUGGAUUUCUGCACAAAUUGGUCAUAAAAUGUGAUCUGAUCAUCAUCAUCUAAGUCACAACAAUAGACAAUCACAGUCUGCUUAAACUAAUAAUACACAAAGAAUGAAAUGUUGCCAUGUUUUUAUUGAACACACCAUGUAAACAUUCACAGUGCAGGUGGAAAAAGUAUGUGAACCCUUGGAUUUAAUAACUGGUUAAACCUCCUUUGGCAGCAAUAACUUCAACCAAAUGUUUCCUGUAGUUGCAGAUCAGACUUGCACAACGGUCAGGAGUAAUUUUUGACGAUUCCUCUUUACAGAAAUGUUUCAGUUCAGCAAUAUUCUUGGGAUGUCUGGUGUGAAUCGCUUUCUUGAGGUCAUGCCGCAGCAUCUCAAUCGGGUUGAGGUCAGGACUCUGACUGUGCCACUUCAGAAGGCGUAUUUUCUUCUGCCAUCACCACCAUACUUCACAGUUGGUAUGAGGUUUUGAUGUUUCGCCACACAUAGUGUUGUGUGUUUCUUCCAAACAACUCAACUUUGGUUUCAUCUGUCCACAGAAUAUUUUGCCAGUACUGCUGUGGAACAUCCAGGUGCUCUUGUGCAAACUGUAAAUGUGCAGCAAUGUUUUGUUUGGACAGCAGUGGCUUCCUCUGUGGUAGCCUCCCAUGAAAUCCAUUCUUGUUUAGUGUUUUACGUAUUGUAGAUUCGCUAACAGGGAUGUUAGCAUUUGCCAGUGACUUUUGUAAGUCUUUAGCUGACAGUCUAGGAUUCUUCUUCACCUCAUUGAGCAGUCUGCACUGUGCUCUUGCAGUCAUCUUUACAGGACGGCCACUCCUAGGGAGAGUAGCAGCAGUGCUGAACUUUCUCCAUUCAUAGACAAUUUGUCUUACCGUGGACUGAUGAACAGCAAGGCUUUUGGAGAUACUUUUAUAACCCUUUCCAGCUUUAUGCAAGUCAACAAUUCUUAAUCGUAGGUCUUCUGAGAGCUCUUUUGUGCAAGGCAUCAUUCACAUCAGGCAAUGCUUCUUGUGAAAAGCAAACCCAGAACUGGUGUGUGUUUUUUAUAGGGCAGGGCAGCUGUAACCAACACCUCCAAUCUCAUUUCAUUGAUUGGACUCCAGCUGGCUGACAUCUCACUCCAAUUAGCCCUUGGAGAUGUCAUUAGUCUAGGGGUUCACAUACUUUUUCCACCUGCACUGUGAAUGCUUACAUGGUGUGUUCAAUAAAAACAUGGCAACAUUUCAUUCUUUGUGUGUUAUUAGUUUAAGCAGACUGUGAUUGUCUAUUGUUGUGACUUAGAUGAUGAUCAGAUCACAUUUUAUGACCAAUUUGUGCAGAAAUCCAUAUCAUUCCAAAGGGUUCACAUACUUUUUCUGGCAACUGUAUUCCUGACCCUAUGGUUUUAAAACCACCAUCUAGCCCCCCCUGUAUUCCCCUAAAUAUAAUAAUCUUAUAAUAAUAAUAGUAAAUAAUCUUACUUUUGUUCAAGUCUGCAGCUGCUGGCUCUGCCCCUGAUCUGCCUGCUUGGCUGACAUCAGAAGGGUUGUUCUGAGCCAAUAACAAUGCUUUCCCAUUGGAUUGGCUGAGACUGUCAAGGAUGGAGAUCAGGGGCAGGGUCAAACACAGCCCUGGCCAAUCAGCAUCUCAUCGUAGAGCUGUAUUGAUGAGAUCAAUGCAUCUCUAUGAGGAAAAUUCAGUGUCUCCAUGCAGAAUGCAGAGGGAGGAGACCCCGAAUGGCAGUGCUGCAUACUGUGCAUCACUGCGCCAGAAGCACCUCUACUAGCCAUUUGAGGAGUGGCCAGUGGAGGUAUCACUAAGCUGUAAUGUAAACACUGCAUUUUCUCUGAAAAGACAAUGUUUACUGCAAAAAGCUUAAGGGUACUGAUUACCCUCACCAGAACAAAUACAAUAAGCUGCAGUUGUUCAGCUAUGUUGUGCUGUAUGUGUCUUGCUGUAUUCCUGAUAUCAUGUGUCAUGUAUGAAAGCUGGACAUAUUGCUUGUUAUGGAUUAUUAUGUGACAUUUAUAUAUAUAUAUUUAUAUAUUUUGCUAGGUAGAAAAUGUUGAAGGGACAUUAUAGUCACCAAAACAACUUAAACUUAAUUAAGUAGUUUUGGUGUAUGGAUCAUGCCUCUGCAGUCUCACGGCUCAAUCCACUGCCAUUUCGAGAUAAAUCACUUUGUUUAUACAGCUCUAGGCACACCUCCCCUGGCUGUGACCAACACAGCCUUUAUGAAAACAAAAUUGUUUCAUUUUCAAUCAGAUGUAUGUGUUAAAAGUUUUUAUCUCCUUCUUUAAAUUGAACUUUAAAUACACAUAGGAGGCUCCUGCAGGGUCUAGAGAGCUAUUAACAGAGCAAGAGAUAGGGCAUUCUAAAUUAAAUAGAAUUUGCAGUAAAUUAAGUGUAAUCAUUAUAUGACUCUUUACAGGAAGUGUUUAGGAGAGCUGUGUAAGUCACAUGCAGGGAGGUGUGCCUAGAACUGUAUAAACAAAGUGAUUUAACUCCUAAAUGGCAGAAAAUUGAGCAGUGAGACUGCGUGAUCUAUACACCAAAACUGUUUCAUUAAGCUAACGUUGUUUGGGUGACUAUAGUGACCCUUUAACAUAUCUCAUCAUCUAGAAUCAUUUUUAUUCUUAAUUUAGAAGAGAAAAGAAAAAUGAAGGAAAUAGAGCCAGAAGUUGCAGAACCUCCUGAUUUGGGGGUUUACCCCAGUAUAAAUGUAUACAAAGAGAAAAGAUGAAGAAUGCAACUAGGUACAGAUAUGACUGACAUACAGUUCAGUGAAAAAUAUUUGUUUGUUAAAACUUAACAUUUAAUAGAUUGGCUCAAUAGUCCAAUUGUGGACUAUGAAGAACAAGAUAACCCACAGGCAAAAAAAGUUUUUUUUUUUUACAAAGGAAAAAAAAACGACACACAUAAAAAUAAAUAUCGCAAGACUGGCACAAUAAUGCAUUCUUGUAAAGAUACGGCAUCUGCAAAACAUAGGUAGAAGGUGUGAGAGGUCUAUAUCUAUGGUAGUAUGGUGCAAUGAAUAAUGAACUCCUUAACACUAGCAAUCAGAGGUGGACUAUAAUAUACAUAGUCUUGCAGGGUACAGAGUGCAGAACUAGUGCAGGUUAGCCCAAAUAAUUUCACAGUCUCGCACUCGUACUUUUUCACAGCUGUGUAAAAUAAUAUUGGCAGCUUUAUCGCAGUGUCACUGUAUUACAGUGGUGCUAUGUUACAGCAAUACUAUACUGAUCUGGCUGCCAUUAAGAUCUAGUCAUGAGCCCACAUUGAGUGGAGAUAUUGAUAUCGCAAUGUCCCCCCAAGCACAGCCCUAUGUACUAUACGUAAACCAUAAACUGUCCUUAAUAUCAGUAGUAAUACGUGGUAAGUAUAAAGAUUCCACACUGUGGCUGUACAGGGUUAACACAGGUAUCACUAGAUAAACUGCUACAGUACUCAAUAUAAGGUUACAAACUGAAAAAAAUAAUAACAGAAGCUGCGCACUUUCUGUCAAUGAUAAGGUCUGUGACAGUGCAUUAUAAUAAUAUCACUAGAACCUGCUGCAAUGUUAACUCAGAUACAAAGUAGCAAGCAUUGAUGCUGACUGUAUGGUAAGGUAGGUCCUUAAUUGCUGCUUACAGUCUAAUCACAAUGUAACAAAUAGUGCAGUAAAUUGACAUUCAUUCAUUCAAAAAUGACUAUUGCAGCCUAUAAGUAUGGUGACAAGGGAGAAUCAGUGGGUACAGGGCAGGAGGAAUAUUCCAGGUAGAAACUAUCUCCCCCUCUCCUGCCUUCGAUGGCACCCCUUAUCCCAACAAAAAGCUUGUCCUGUACUGACCGUUAUCCAAAGCCUCCCCUCAAUAUACAGAAGAAAGGCAGUGUGCUCAAUGAAAAGCGUAAAUUGCUUUAGUUACUAAGUAGUCCAGUGAAUGCCGAGUGCUGGUAAUAUUGCCCUUGGUGUUAUCUGGCUGUUCCAAAAGUCGUUAAAGACUCAUCCUGAUUAUGGGUAACCUUCAUGAAGAGAUCCCUAACCUGUCUGGUAACACUGUUAGGUAGAUUGCUAGUGUGAGCGAAGCACCCCUGACGCGCGUUUUGCCUGUUUAGCUCAUCAGAGGGGACAGUCAGGUAACACCAAGGGCAAUAUUGCCAGCACUCUGCAUUUACAGGACUACUUAGUAACUAAAGCAAUGUACGCUUUUCAUUGGGCACACUGCCUUUCUAUCUGUGCACCAAUAAAAAGAUAACAUCUGCAGCUAACGUGGUCUCAACUGACCGUAGACUGCAUUCUGGUUAAGACAUUGACAUGCAGAUCCACACUUCUCACUUGAUGUAACUAUCUCCUCCUAUAACCAGACUCUUCCUUUAAUGCGAGGUGCUAAUGACAAAUAUAUACCAAGGCAGAAUGCAUUUUUACAAGCAGCAUCCAUUAACUUACAUAUAAUGUAAUUGCCUAAGCUUUUAAUCAUGCUCCUUAUAACUGGAAUUAUCUGGCAUGUAAGAGCUAUAUUAAAGUAACAGAUAUGAACUCGUUCUUUUUACAAUAUAAAUAUUUUAAACUGUGGUAAGAGAUCGGUUAUUUACACACUGAGUGUUUUUUUUCCCUUCCUUAUUUUCUUUAUCAGCAUCUCUCUCUCGUUCUAGCUGUGUUGAAUUAAAGGUUUCUCAGUGGGUAUGAUGUCUCUCUCUCAGCUGCACUAAAGCACGUUAAUACGAGUGGUGUCGGAAAGAGAGGCGGAGGAGAAGGGGGGGGGGGAGAGAAGACUAUAGACAGCUCAUGGGAAUAUUAUGCCUAUAGUUUGCAGCAAGAUCGCUGAGGACAUCUGCCUUCUCAGGCUCUGAACAGUUCACCUUUUAUCUGACGACAAUGUUUGCUUUCUACGUGUACAGGGCAGGAUAGGUUAGGGCUAUCGAGGAAUAUUUGUAAUUGUGAAUAAAUAAUUAGAGACUCUAAAAAUGCUAUAAACUAUUGCAGGGAUGGCUAUGGAACCCGUUUUUUUAACUUGCUGUUUUAAGGGUGGCAAUAGAAACCAUCGUUAUAGUGCCCAAGUUUUAGUUUUCUUCAAAUCUCUCCGGAGGCCCAAUUGACGAGGCAGGAUUUUGAGAGAUGCUUGUUGAGCCCAGGUUCAUUAACCAGUGCCUCAGUCAUUUUUACCUGCUAACCCGUAAGUAUACCCUCAGCUAUAACUCUGGAGCUGUGGCCAUAUACUACAAGCCAAUAAAACGAUCUGAUUGGCUCAUCCUCCCACUCAUGUAACAUCACCUACUAAAGCAGUAUGUAUGACGAAAAAUUUGGUAUCCUUCUACUUAUCCAAGUGACACAUGGAUUCUCUGACUUCCUGCCUUCUGCAGAACGAUUUCUACUCAUUGACUCUUUCCAAGUUGUAAGACACUACCUUCUUGAAAUCAUAGACUUCAACCUAGAACUAAAAAAAACAAAAUAGUCAACACAACACAACAUUUCUUAAACUCUGUGUCAGUGUCCUAAACACUGUAAAGUUAAUGAUUUGAUGGUGAGGCAAAAGUCAACUAUGUGAAGACGUAAUAGGAUAGUGACCCCAUUUUAAAGUGUUAAAAAGCAGAUUAAAUACAAAAAAGCUCCUUCAUUCUUGUUGUCAGGAGUGCUGAGCAUACACCCCACCCACCAGGAGAUUUUAUAACCUAUUUGAGCUCGGCUUAUAGAUCUAGAGACUAUUCCAAAAUGCUGCAGAUUAAUAGAGCAUUGUAGAGAAAAUGGAGUGUCUCACACAGUGCAUAGAAUAGUUUGGUUCUUUAAUAUUCUGGUUUUAUUACAACACUUUCCAUUGGGUGCAUACUGUCUCGUGUGCAUAACUGCUUGAGUGUGAGCAGCUGCAGUGUUUAUCAAGGUUACUCUAUGUGUUGUGAUGAGCAAUAUCAUAACAAUGCAUAUGAGUUUAAUGAGUCCGUUAUAUAAAAUAACUGCAGUAACAAAUGUUUAUUUAAAAAAUAGCAGAUCAGGAUCCUACUAAAUAUAGAAAUGGGGAGCUGUCUUCCGAACGUCACAUACUAAAUUCGAUAGCUGUGCAAUUACUAUAUAUAACAUUUGUUUGCAAAUGCAAUUACAUUUUAAUUUCAAACACAGUUCCAUCCGUUUAGAAUGUGAGAUCGCAGGUCAUGGUAAGUUUCCCAUCUCUAUGAAACUGAAUACAGCGCAUCAUGUGAGACCAUUUUGUUUGAAGAGACUCAUACGACAAAAAAAUAAAAUUAGGAAAAGCAUCCAUUACACCAGUCAUAUUUCUUCCAAUAAAACACACUUUCAAGUCCUUUGCAGCAAAGAAGGGAGGACAAAUAAUUUUUGUGGUUUUUUGUGUGUGUGUUCUCUGUAGAAUGGAUUGGAAAAUAGCAGUCAAGUUAAAUUUCAACCCAGAAUUUUUUAUUUUAUAUAAGAAAAAAUGUACAGUGCUUUCCAAUUUUAAUUAAAACAAUUAAAUAAAACUAAAACAUAAACAAACAAACUAAAACCAUGGAUGCAUUACUGAGUCUGUGACUCUCCAGCUGAAAAUGUCCAGCAUGGCACAAGCUAUAAUUCACGCUGCUGGUGUAUAGUAGCCAUACUUGCCCUUUGAUUUUGGGGUUGCUCACUGAACAUACAUACUGUACCAGAGCAUUGAUUUUCAUUUAACCACAGGAUUUCUAAUAGUCAGUAAUGUUUUCUAAAUUCUACUGGAAUAACGCAACUGUUUUCAAAGAGAUCACAAUGCAAAAUUUACAGACCAUUUCACUGGCGGUAAGGCCUCUGAAAAUGAGUUGACGUGCCUUGUACGUGUCGGUAAGUCAGCUGAGCUGUUUAAGGAAAUAUCUUGGGGUAUUCAUUAAUUGUUAGCAAAGUGUUUUCAAUUCCGUUUAGGUGUUGUAUUUGCUAAGUGUCUAAUGGUUCACUCCUCUGGUUGUUAAUGUGUUGAUAUCUCUGCUUCAGGAUUGCGAUUGCUUAAACUUAAGUGUUUAACAUAAGGUACAGAGGCCUUUUCACCAAUUUGUUAUGGAAUAAAUGCUAACAGUAUCUGAACUUUGGAAUAGUGAUCGCAUCAAGAUUAAAGGAAACCUAUAGUCUCGAAAGUAACAAUCAUUAUUUCGGGACUAUAGAUUAGGUUCCCUUCUAUCCACCCACCAUUGGAUUUAAAAAAAAAAAUGAUAAAGCUAAUUCCUCACCUCCUUUUCAGCACUGAGACACCUCUAUUGGAGCCUUCAGAUCUGAAAGAUCCACCGCCAUCAAUGUAGUGGAACUGGGCAUGUGAGUUCAAACACUGCGCUUCUCCACUCAAAUACUGCUACAAGCAAAGUUUCCCUUUGUACUGGAAGAGGAAACGCCUCUAGUGGCUGUCAGGAUGACAGCAACUAGUGGUGUACUUCACAAAAACCAAAAAAAGUUACCUGCGCACUAUCCCAAAUCCCUAUGUACAUUUAAUCUGGAGGUUAUUAUUCUCGCUCAAGUGGCCAUUAAAGUGUAAGUUCACCUGCCACAUCAAAGGCAAAACAUCUUAGGUGCCCUGCACUACCAAAUCACCUUACUUCCUUGAGAUAAAAUCUCCAAUGAUUCAGAGAGAGGCUCUGUCUCAUUAGAGGUGAAUUAUUAGUGUAGACCCACCUAAGAGGUUUGCCUUGACAUUGGAGUAAUACUAAAAACCUCCAGUUAUUCAAAUGUGCAGGUAACUUGUUUUGUUUGUUUUUGUUUUUAUCCUACGUAUUGGGGCUAAUCUGUACUAUAGUUAUUGCUGCCGCGCAGGAGUGGUACACAUUGCAGUAAUCUCAGUUAGAAAUCUUAAAUUUUUCUUCCUCAUAGUUGUAACAUUGGGUGAAAUCGUAAAUUUACUAUAAAAAUAUAUAUAUAUUUUUUCUUCUUCUCUUUGCGUGAUACAUUUAUCCCCUUAAAGGUUUUCAGAUCUAAACACUAACAGUUUUUAAAAUAAAAAUCCUGGCAGGAGUCUGCAUGCAUUGAAACGUGUUCAUAAGCAGAUUCUCUCCAUAAUUGCUGCUUCCUUUAUUUGCUCACUUAGAACUUAGAACAGUGUACAUUUCCCCAGCAGGAAAAUACAUUAGAUCGCCUUUGCUGUGAAUGAUUGGAUUAUCAGACAAGUGGAACUGAUAUAGGCUUAGCUCCUGACUUGAGUUUCUCUACAGCUGCCCCUUGGACUUGUUCCCAUUUUUUGGUUGUAUUGUUGCAAGGUGGGCAUUAUUUUCUCUGUUAUCCCUCUUUAAUGCAUAUCUUUUGUUCUUGUCAAGGUUUGGGAACAUUUUCUCAGUAAAGAUGUGCCGUCCAUUAAUAUUUUUAUGGCUGUACCCACCAUCUACAGCAAGCUGAUUGAGUACUAUGACCGUCACUAUACCAGCCCCAACGUUCAAGACUUUGUGCGGGCAACGUGUCAGGAUAAAAUCAGGUAUUUUCCACUUUCGGUUUAUCACAGCAAAGCAAACUUCGAGCUUGACUUAUUGAUACAGUGUCUAGUAUAGAUCAUGUGUUCUUAAGGCUAUGAGCUAAUAAAGUUUAUUUUUUAUUUUAUUUUUUUCUCCAAAUAUGUCUGUUAUGGCAGGUUAAUGGUAUCCGGUUCUUCUGCUCUUCCUGUGCCGGUCCUGGAGCGUUGGAAAGAGAUAACUGGCCAUACCUUGUUGGAGAGAUAUGGCAUGACUGAGAUUGGCAUGGCUUUGACCAACCCACUAAAUGGGGAGCGCAUACCAGGUACAAAGGGAAAAGUCUACAAAUUGAAAACUGAUUGUCUCAUGGACACAAAUGUAAAGGAACAGUGAUGUCUCACUUCCCAUGCAUAACUUUUACAUUACAUUACAAGUGUACAAUGAGUGUGGUGACCAACAAAGAAAUUAAUUAUACUUAUCUAUAAACAGAACAGUUUCCCUCAAAUUUCCUCCCAGGUAGUAGGCUUAAUAGCCAAAAUUGUAUACACAUAGAAUGAGGGAGACAGCUGAUAGAACCUAGAAAAAUCUAAAUACACGGAACAUAGUGUGAUCCAGUAAAAUGGAAUUCUUAGCACAGAAUUUAGCUCUGUUUUUGUUUUCUUGUAAUUUCCCUCUUUUUCUAAUGUUUAGAACACCCAUGGUAAAUAUAUAGGGAACGGUUAGUCAACUACUAACUAUAAUUAGAAACAAACUUAGUGAAGAUUUGUGUGGCUAUAUAUAAUUCUGCAUACUUAAUGUUUUUUGUUAUAACACAUCACCUGGAAUGUAAAUAUUAAUGUAAUCACCAAAGGAGUAAUGGUAUUACAACUAAUAAUGCACUUGUCACUAUUAACUCCGUUAAGGACACAACUUCUGGAAUAAAAGGGAAUCGUGACGGAAUAUUUCCGUCAUGUUUCCUUAAGGGGUUAAGUAAAUUAGGAGAAUACACAUGAUCUAUAAAUCGGGUAUGCGCCUGUUUUGCCAUUUAGAUAUAUUAUCAUUAUAAUAUUAUCAUUUUAAUUAGUUUAAAUUAUAACUUGGGUUAUUGUAAUUAUAAUUUAACAAUUUCUUAUUUAUAUUUAUAUUGUUUCUCCAAUAAGGGAUAACAAAUAUACACUAAUAGGAGUUUGUGAAAGAAAGAUGUUAAAUAUAGAUGAAUGGAUGCCAUCUGCUGAGACAAUUUUGUAUAAGUCUUUUGAAUGCGUUGUCCUUAGCGACCACCACGGUUUGAUCACUAAGUUACAGAACUAGGGUGAAACCCAUGGCCAUCUUUGGUCAAGGACAAACACGCAAGUUACCAGUGAAACACACGAGAGUGCUCACUGGAACGCACUUCCGCCUCCUACAUCGGCUGGAGAAGUAACAACACCUGAAGGAAGGAUGAAAUUAUGGCGAUGGGAGAACAGGUGAUUAGAUGAAAACUUUGACCAUUUGGACCCAGAAAGUAAGAAACCGCCCACGAAACCACCAAUGAACUUGGGGAUUAGCCCUAUUUAAAGGGACUUGAGGGUGGAGGUUGUUAGACUGUCUUUUUUCCAGCAUCAAUAUUCUGUGAUUGUCAAUAAUUUUAAGGUCCCUGAGGAAGUCCCUAUCUAGAGGGCGAAACGCGUAGGACCCAUGGUUUUUAUUCAUUUUUAACAAUCAUUUCAUACUGGCUGUAGCUAUGUGAUUGAAGCUGCUUUUAAUAUACCUACCGCUCGGAGUCAUGAUUGAAGGUGGUGCAAACGGUCCCAAGAAGGGAUUUGAAGCCCCCUAUCUCCAUCUGGGGAUGCACCUUUGAAGCCUGUUUUUCAGCUAAAUUCUGUGAGUGCAUUCAAUUAAGCGCUAAGAAUUUCAUUGUACUGUAUCACACUAUGUGCUGUGUAUUUAGAUUUUUCUAGGUUCUAUCAGCUGUAUCCCUCUUUCUAUGUGUAUAUAACUUUUUCAUAAAAUAUCACCUUUUAUUGCUCUGAGUGUUGUGUCUUUUAUCCUUAAGCUGAAAAUAUGAUUUGAUGCACUGGAAGAGAAUAUGGCUGAGCUCUCACAAGCCGUUAAAGCGGGCAUCACAUGUUCCUGGAUACUUGUAUUUACUACCAAGCCUUUAAAGCAGGCAUCUCAAACUCUGCCUCUCCCAGAUGUUGCUGAACUACAUCUCCUAUGAGUUUCUUGUCUUCUGUUGCAUUCAAAGAAUUCUGGGAGUUGUAGGCCAUCAAUGUCUGGCGGGGGUGCACAGAGUUUGGAAUCCCAAAGACAGUCAAGGCACCAAAGGUGUGUCCAACACCAUUUUUCCCAUUAUGCAAAAUAUAAUUCUGGAUUUUUUUAAAAAUGUACUUGUUUUGCGUUAAUAAUAUGCUGGAUGCAUGAUUUUUGUGUCCUUAAUGUCUCCUAAUUAGUUAAUAAUAAGACUAUAAAAGAAAAGAAAAAAACAAUAGAUUUAUGUAUCCUCCACAAAUCGCUACUUUGAAAGAUCCGACAGUUCUCCCAUUGCUUUCUUUGAAGUAAUGCAUAGCAGCUGUGUAGUUUUAUUCAUUAAAAAUAUGAAAAAACUACUUGUGUAAGUAGGUGCCACUCUCUGUUGAAGGAUGUUAGCUUUACCAAAUAUCCCAUAAACAACAAGGAUUUAUGGGAUUUAUACAAUUAAAACCAAUCAAUUUAAAACAAUGUUAUUAGUCUGCAUUUCACUUUUAGAUCUCAGCAGAAGAAGCAAAUUGGGGGUAUAAUUUAAUGGAACUCUGUAGGAACAGUGGUUAUAGUAUCUAGUGUCCAGUGUAACUGUCCUUCCAUUCAGUGUUAAACCAUUCUAGGGUCUAUUGCUUGAACUAAAGGAGGAAGAAUUAACCUGAGCAGCAAUGGAGAGCUGCGACUGACUGAGCGUGUCAGCUGACUGCUUUCAGCCUAUUACAGCUGCCAUUGCCGGUAUGACUUGGUAUGACUUGAAGGAAUUGUUUGAUCUCUGCCUUAGCCAUACCUCCAGUAAAAACCAGGCUGUGGGGCCUGGGAUCCACAUUCACUGUCAAAGUGCUUGCAAAUUAUUUAAAAUUGGUUGGAUAGGCAGCUCCAAGGGGCCUUGAGGUUAAGCGGUUCUAGUGUCUACUGUGCUAAAGUGCUUUAUGUGUCUGGAGUUUGUCAUAUUUGCGACAGUUUGUAAAAAUUCUCAGUAUAAAUUGGCACUUUUAUAAUCAGGGCAGAAACACCUGCCUGACUGUCACUCCGAUAGACAGAGCGGUUUACUUGCAUUUCCAUUAGCUCCACAGAGCACUCGCAUGCCUUCCCCCAUUUCUCAGUGAGCUGUAUUACAGCUCACUGAAAAGUAAUUGAAAAGCCGCAGUUGUGUGUGCGCCCACGGCUCCAGCUCAGAAGCCUCUGAUUGGAAUAGACUGAAAGUCUGCGUCAGGAAGGAUGGCUUGCAGCAUUCACAAGCAGUUUUUUUUCUUAUUCCCCAAAGAAAACAUGCAGAGAAAAAUGCAUGCGUGUUUUCUUUGGGGGGGUAUAUGUACUAAAUUGUUAAAUAUUUUUUCUAUGCAGUGUACCUUUAAUUUACAUGGAAGAUGGUCGGUCUUAUCAAUGACAUCAUACUUGGGUUUUUGUUUUUAAAAUAUUUGGGACCUAGAAAGGGCAUUCGUAUUUGGGAGUUUCUGAAACCAGUUUUUUCUCUUCCAAGGUGAGAUAAGAAGAUUUUAUUUUUUAGAGGAAAAUGUUAAUUGAUGAUGUAGGUCAAGAUUUCCUCCCCUCUAUAUGUGGCAGUGAGUAAUGGCUUCUGUUAUCGGAUGGAGAGCCAAGAUUGGACACUCCUGGAUUAAAAAUAACCCUUUUGCAAAGAACAAUUUGUGAAAAAGAGAACUCACUGAGAGCUGGGCUGUCCGUUACCAUAACAGCUUUGUUACAUUACUGACUGCUUGACCUCCUUUGAAGUAUAAAUCCGAAACUAGAUUGUAACCAGCAAACUACUUGCCUGACACCGGAAACUUUAAAUUCACAUUACUUUGGGAUAAUUGAGACAGACACUUCUCAAAGUUCCUGAUACACUUUGUUAUGGUGUCUUCUCUCUUUUUGGGCGAUUAGAUUUGUAAAAAGCCAACAUACUCUCUGGUGCAGUACAAAGGCAAUACCAAUAACAUGUAAGCGUUGGUAAAGGCAUUGGGGAUAUGCAAGAGAAAUUAUGGGGCAACACUCUAAAAAUGGAACAGUCACCAUAGAAACCAAUGGAAUUUUCUUUUUAAAUUUAUUUAGUUUUUAGCGUCAUAGCUCAAACAACCUCCUUUCAAACCAAUGAUAUAUUGCACUACAGCUGUAAUAUUUGCCAUAGAAGUCAAUGUAAUAUGCCAGUUUGGUAGCCUGGUUUUAGUACUUUAAGGGAACACUACAGGGUCCGGAACACAAACAUGUAUCCCUGGCCAUAUAGUGUUGAAUCCACCAUCUAGCCCUCCUGGCACCCCCUUGAUCUCCCUAAAUAUAGUGAAAUAUUACAUUUAUUCCAGUCUACUUGUGCUGGCUCUGCCCCUGACCUGCCUCCUUGGCUGACAUCAUCAGAAGUCAUGAUCUGAACCAAUCACACUGCUUUCCUAUAGGAUUGGCUAAGACUGUCAAGGAGGCAGAUCAGGGGCAGAGCCAGCAGAAGCCAAAUACAGCCCUGGCCAAUCAGCAUCUCCUCCUAGAGAUGAAUUGAAUCAAUCUUUAUGAGGAAAGUUCAGUGUCUGCAUGCAGACACUGAAGAUACUGAAUGUCAGUCACACUGUGCAGCACUGCCCCAGGAAGCACCUCUAGUAGCCAUCUGAAAAGUGUGGCCAGUAAUGUUAUCCCUAGACUUUAAUGUAAACACUGUGUUUUAUCUGAAAAGACAGUGUUUACUGCAGGAAGGCUAAAGGGAAUGAUUAUACUCACCAGAACAAAUACAAUAAGCUGUAGUUGUUCUGGUGACUAUAGUGUCCCUUUAAGCUUGGUAUUGCUUUACUCUCUCUUACUAAUACUUCAGUUACAUAGUGGAUUUUAGCUAUAAUAAUGUUGUUUAGGCUAGACUGUCAGCAUACUUUUUUAAGACCGUAUCAGAGCUGGGUGGAUUACACCAUUCUAGAUAUAGCAAUCCGUUUUAAAGUAGUUUCUUGCAGUAAGUUGCAUUCCUGCUACAGUGGCUGUUCUUAAGCAUAUUCUACUUUUGAGCAUUGAAAUAUUGCUUCAAGAAGUCAGAUUCUUGGCCGGGCCUUAUAGUAAGCAAAAUAGUCUGUGGCUGAAAAGUUUGGCUCAACUUCAUUCCCAUUUGUUCAAUCCACCAUCUUGUUACUCCUUUCUUCCUUAGGCGAUAAGUUAAAGAGUAAACACAGUAGGCUGCAGGCGCGGUGUGAUGGCUGGGCAAGUCCGAUGUGUUAGACUGUAACGCACCGCCAGCAUCGUGCGUAACUAGAUAUUAAUAAGCGAAUGUCUAUGAAUGUGCUGCAGGCUGACUGUAGGCCGCGAAUGCCAUAAAAGGGUUAAUUCUGCCGACUUUGCUUGAGUUUCUCUCUCUGCUCUUCACGCGCAGAGCUAUGAAUUAUUCAUGGGAAGCUCACGCCUCGCCGGGUCUAAUCAGCGCUUUAAUUGGAGGUUUAGAUCACAGUUGGCUAAUAGCUGCUCCAGCGGGGACCUGGCGCAUUGUGACAGGCGGAUCGCAAUGUGUCUUAUCACCGGCCUGUCUCAAUCCUCCCAGGGCCCCUCCAUACACAGCAGAAUGUGGACCCCCCAGAGCCUGGCACAUUCACAGCAUUGCCAAUUACACAGACUUGCUCUUGCAAGCAGGAGCGGCACGGGGGUGGGGGGAGCGUGUGCAUCAAGGGCAGGCGUCUGUUCAAUUUAUUGAGGGUAUAUGAGCUGCGUGUAUGUGUUCUUCGUAUCAAGGGCUUAAAACUGUGUGUUUUUCUGUACGUAUAAUUCUGUGUCUUUGAUCCUGUGUUUUAGGUCUGUCUGCUUUGUGUGCCAAGUGAGAAUCUGGUAGAAGUUUUUAUGCAUUUCAAAUGUAUACUAAUUGCUGUAAUAAAAUACAAUAUUCAUUUAUAUACUGUAUUGUAUCUUUACAGUAUGUGUCCAUUGCAUAUGUGACAUUUAUGUGCGUGGUUAUUGUAAUGUAAAAUGUGACUUAUGGAAGUGAUGGCUAAACUUCAGCAUCGCAGCAGAGCCUCUUGGGAAAUGUAGUUGGCAAUAGCCACUGUUCCAGUGUUUAAAUAUCCCUUACUUUUUAGGGUGUUUGAGGUUGGUGUUUCAAGGGUGCGCUUUUUGGAAUGUUUCAUUAUUUCUGUUGCCUUAGGGUACACGAUUAUUGUCAAUUAGCCCUGUUACCUCAUUAAGUGCAAUACCUUUCAAACAUGAAUCUCUUUUAUAAUCUUCUGUCUAAAUGGUUCUACGUGUUUCCUGAUCUCCUGACUAAAGGGGCUCUCGUGUAGGGCAGAGGUUAAACAGCUUGUGAGCAUCCAGGAAACUGCAUAUAUGUAUAUAAUAUCUAUGAUAUGUGUAAGUGGCCGAUAAACCGUUUCUUUUUAUCUUCAUGUCAUUAUGGAUCAAAGAUGAUGAAAGCUUGUUAUUAUCUCCCAUGCUGUCUUUUCACUCUACAUGUGACCAUUAGUAUGCAAUACUUAACCAGCACAGGCAGUCUCGGCUAACUAAUGGUUAAAUCAAUUAGAGGCCCUGCAUAUAUUUUGGGCACUAAUGUAUGAUUAGCCUUUAAUUAUAUGUUUGGCACUCUGACAUUGCACAGCUCCUAUUUAUAGUUCUCUUUGAGCUAGUGGAGCUCACUAGAGAGGGUACCAGCCUAAGGGUGUAGAUUGGUACCUUUUACUUACCUGCUGUUCAUCUCUUUUCCAGGCUCUGUUGGCAACCCUCUGCCUGCAGUGGAGGUCCGCAUCACGUCCCAGAAUCCACAGAAAGAAGGAAGCAACUAUAUUAUCCAUGCAUACGGAGAUGAAACUGGCACUAGAGUAUGUGAAAUCAGUAUAGUACGGCGGGUAUACAAUGUCUAAGUUAGACUGCGCCAUACUUCAGGAGGUUCACCAUAACAUAGGAAUAUUGCUACACAAUCAAUCAAAUGCCCAUUGUAAUCAUUAUUGUUUAGGGAACAGGCAACAUUGUGUCUACAUGCCUAAGGUCUAAAAAACCCACAUAGAUAUUAAACCAAAAAACCCACGAUGCUUGUUUUAUUGUUUCAUUUUAGAUUAAUUUCUACAGAUGUAUGCCUUAAUGUACACAUCAGCACCGUGUGGGUUCAAAAUGACCAGAAAUAUGACUAUUAUGAUAUGAUUUGAGAAUGAUGUAACAACAUUAUCAUUUGUCAGCUAUUACAAAUAUUAUCUGUCAAAAGAACCUAUUUAGUCAUUAUCAAUACAGGCUGUGGAAAGUUGACUGGCAGCUUGCAACAUUUUGGCAAGAACAUCUAUUUCUAGAUAUAAUUUUUCCCUUUUCUUAGCAUGGCAAUAUAGGCCAAAAUUGCAGCCAUAUACUUAGCAGAGUUCAUUAGUCUGUAGAAUCGCCACCCAUUAGCUCAAUGAAUAGACUGUAAACCAUGCUGGCAUCUGAAUUUUAUACUGUAUGUUUUAACAGAUGGCCUUAAAAGAAGCAAUACAGUGACAACUUGUUGGUUUUUCAGGUUUUUUGUUUUGUUUGUUUUUUCACUUAGCGUUAAUAUUAAUUUAUAAUGAUAGAAAUUAAAACUACUGACAGUCGUUCAGGAUGCUUAAAAUCAUGAUCAAACCACAUUACUUUCUGAUUUGUUAGUAGCUUGGAUUUUAACCUGUGAGCUGCCAGAACUAUUCCUCUACUGCUUUUGUUGUUACUGCGUUAAUUAAAGCAAAUAUACUACUUUAGGACCUGGUGGCAGAGGUGUAGGGUGACACUAUUAAACAUUAGCAUCCUAUUUCAUUACUAUUAUUAUUAUUAUUAUUGCCAUUUAUAUAUCGCCAACAGAUUCCGUAGUGCUUUACAAUAUUAUGAGAGGGGAGAUUUAACUAUAAAUAGGAUAAUUACAAGAAAACUUACAGGAAUGAUAGGUUGAAGAGGACCCUGCUCAAAUGAGCUUACAGUGUAUAGGAGGUAGGGUAUAAAACACAUUAGGACACGAUUUCAGCAUACAGACCUGUAUCUGUCUCUCUCUGGGGUUGAACAGGUUAACGCGCCAAUACAGGAAGACUAGGGAUUUGCGAAUUGCAUUGUGUUAUCCCCCUCCUUAUCUCUGCCAACUGACGCCAGUCUGUGCCAAGACUCCCAACUGGCAGAUGCCGUGUGAAGCAGAUGUUUUCCUAAAGAUGUGGGCGCGUUACCAAAACUGUAGUAUUUGCGUGAGGUCAACACCAGCUGCAUCUAGCAUGUGCAUGCGGGAGGAUUUGCAGGAUUGGAAAUCAAGGGUUAAUUUCACCCCUCCCCCCCCCCUUUUUCUUUUUUUCCUUGAGGUUUCUACCGGCCUGGAAAAUAAGGAUGGUGAAUUGCAAGUUCGGGGCCCCGCGGUCUUCAAAAAAUAUUGGAACAAGCCUCAGGAGACGCAGACAGCUUUCACAUCAGAUGGCUGGUUCAAAACAGGUACAAAAAUGACAGGGAUCAGUGGAGGUGCUGGCACAGAAAGUGUUGUAAGUGAAGGAACAAUUAAGGUACUAUGAUCACUGUGAGAGUAGCAUGCAGUUUUAUGAAGAAGUAACAUUAGCUUGUUCCAUGCACUUCAAUGCUGGCGAGUUAAGCAAUGUGGGACCUGAUGGCGGCAGAGUCAGCUUUAACUGCAUUUAGCGUGAGAAGCAGAUGUAUGAAUGGAACUGUGAGUGUCAUUGAUGAAAGGUUGUGAUGGUAGUAAAUAGUAAAUGUAAUGCAAUGUUAGAGUGCAUCUUCUAGGACAUUAGUAAGGGGUGCAGCAUGUGAAUAAGUAGCUGCAAUGUAUUUAAGAUGUGUGCAAACUAUCAGAUUAUAAUCAUUAAAUUGUUAUAUUUAGAGAAGGACACUCAUUACAAACCUUUUCUAUUGGUUUUGUACCCGACUGCACAAUUAAAGAGGUUUGUCAUGUUCCAAUAAAUAUGCCAGGCCUGUGAAAUCUCACAGAACCAUAGUUUUCACAUUCUCAUGGAAGACCAAUACCCCAACUAUAGAUAUCAGGGAUCAAUAUGACAAAUGAGUCAGUGUGUUUAUUUUUUACCUGUGUGAUCUUUCUAACAUGGGAUACUGUAUUGAAAAGACUCAUCAGAGUCUAUGACUAAUAUGUUAUUGCUCUGCUGAAAAUCCAGUCAUUUUCUCCACUGCGCCUUUAUUGAGAAAAUGUAAAAAAAUACACCCUGCUGUGUGUGUCUAUGUCUCCUAGAGUGCAAGGCUUGUCAGGCACCUGCGCAGUCCAGGAUUCCGCCGCAGCUGAAGCCUUUCUGGGUCCCAGGAGCCGCCUUUCCCCUCGUGUUUCACACCAUGAGCAGAUUCCUAUACUGUAUCAAUCUUGUUUAAUAGACUGGAAGGGUUAUUGGCGGGUGGCAGGUUUCAAAGAGCGGGCAUGAGAUGGAUGACUCGGCUCCCCCCGCCAUCCGUGCUGAUGUACAAUGAAAUAUUUAUGAUUUAUUCUGGCUAAUAAACUGAAAUGAAGAGUGUGAUGUAUGCGAGCAGAUGGAGGGCUGUUGAUGCGACUCUGUGUGUUUGAGAGGGAGGAGGAGCUCGGAGGGGGAGUUGGGGGGAUAACAUGCACGCACUCAACAGUCAAAGGGUAUCUAGGGAUCUACGCACACAAGAUAAAAGGGGGGGGACUUUUUUUUUUUUACCACACUUCAUAAUUACAAUAAAGCUAUGCACUAAUACCCCCUAUUAAUGCACACAUGUCUAAGGUUUGUUUUUAAAGCAAUAAGCAACAAUAUCUGAAUAGUAUUUUCAAUUUUAAAACGAUGUAAAAGCUGCAGAAACAAUUAAUGUUGUGAGAUGCCUAUGUACCUGACAUGGUUGUACUUUGGGCUUUUCAUCAGUAAUGUAAAUACUUUGGCCUAUGCGCCUUAUAUGGCCACACUUUUGUGUAUGUGCCAUGAUUGGUAAUACUUUGGCCUGCAGGUUAGUAGUGGUUAUAUUUUGGUCACUGUGCCUGGUAAAGUCAUACAGUUGUGGAUCCUGUUGUGGUUAUACAUGCCUUGUGAAGGCAUUGGUGUUUGCCUUGUGUAUGCUAUGGCUAUGCUAUGGCUAUGCCUAGGGAGCCAGUCAUCCUUCCUCUGUACUGUCAUGGCUAUGCUUUGGUUUUUGUACCAGGUGUGGUCAUACUGUACUCACUGUGCAUCUUUUAGCCUUACUUGUAGUUUGACCCUUGUAAAUGUACAGAUUUAUAGGAGCUCCAUGGAUGGCAAACAAGUCAGUUCUAGUUUUUGUGCACCUGACAGGCAAUGCUAAGUGUUAUUGCCCUAGUUGCACAGUGGUAGACAGCCAUGCAUCUGACAUUCGGCUGUAUUUAUCCAGUCACCUGGCAAGCAGCAGUAAUUGGCUAAGCACCCAAUGACCAAGUGAUACCUGCUUAGUUCUGCAUUGUGUUUGUAUUGAAUGAUAGUGGGUUUGUAGGCCGACAUAAGCCUGGAUCAAACCCUAAUCUGUCCACUUGCUUUUCUGAAAGAUGUCCGUAAAUAUAUAAUUUUUAUAUUUUAUAUUUCCAGGAGAUACAGCUGUAUACAGAGAUGGCACCUACUGGAUCCUGGGCCGGACGUCGGUGGACAUCAUUAAGAGUGGAGGGUACAAGAUCAGUGCAUUGGAAGUGGAACGCCAUCUCCUGGCUCAUCCCAGUAUCAUAGGUAGUAUGAUCUCCCUGCUCAAGAGUAGCACAGAUAACCAAAUCUAGGCACGAUACCUGCCCUGACCUCUUCCCUUUCUCAAUGUCUAGAUGUGGCUGUUAUCGGCGCACCUGAUGUGAUAUGGGGACAGCAUGUGACAGCCAUUGUUAAGCUCCAGGAUGGGCAUGCCCUGACAUUGCAGCAACUGAAGGAGUGGGCCAGGUGAGAAGGACUUAUACAUUUGAUUGAAAAUUUAGUAGGAACAGUGCUCAUCACUCUAAGGCAACGUGGGCCACUUCUUGGCUAAGCAUUAUGAGAACCAUAGAUCAGCAACAAUUACCGGAUCAGCUUUCUUGCCUCCCAUAUUCCAAAGCAGUUAAGGAAUUGCUGCAGCUUUGUUUAUGGAAUGUGUUUCCUAUGAUGCUCAGCCAAUCACCAAAGACCAUAUAGUUCAGCUUUUUUGUGUAUUGAUUGUAACUAUAGUAAAUCUGUAUUUUCAAUUACCAUCUAAUGCAGCCUGCUGUGCCAAGUGGAUUGGGACUGUGCUCCCAUUCAGUAUCUAAUAUAGCAAAUGCAAGAUCUGUACUCUGCUGAGCAAUUGACUGAGACCAACUCCCGUCUCUUAUUUAGGGCAGUCAUGGCCCCGUACUGCAUUCCUGCCGAGCUUAUCCAGGUGGAAGAGAUUCCCAGAAACCAGACGGGAAAAAUCAAUAAAAAACAACUACUGCUGCAUUUCUAUCCCUAGUGAAAGGGGUACGGAGAUAUUCGGCAGAAUCUAUUGGACCCUGAAUCUACACUCACACGCGGAAUGCUCUGCUAACUCUCGCUACAUCAUAGCUCAGUUAUUAAGCACAAACACUUCCUAGUAACACAACCCACACCAUUGCACAAUAGCCUAUAAAUCACACAGACAUAGCCCUAAGACCAUAAUUACACAAAUCAAACAUAAUAUUCCUUGGUAAACACACAUACAUGCAACAUGACAUGCGUUCACACUCAAGCAAAGCACAUUUUGUAUACUUACAAAAUUCUUCAUUAAGUUCUUACAAUAAGCAGCUUUAGACACAUUCCAUUUACACACAUUCUUUCACUCAUAGCAGUGGCUAGUCCAACCACCGUGUAUUUAGUCAAAUAGAGUAAACAAAGGCGAUGUUACAUAGCUAUUCUCUUGGCACGAGCCAUAAACCAAAUGGAGGGUGAGAGAAGCUGGCACACGCUAAGCAAGCGGCCCACCACCAUGGAAUCUGAACUCUUACACAUCCUGUAAACUGUCCAUUUUUAUCUGACAUCAUUACGAAUGGUGAAAAAUAAAGUGUAAAAAAAACCUAAUUACAAAGGUCUGACUUGUACAGUUCUAUAAUUCACCUCCGUCAGGGCCAUAUGUAGAGCAAUAUAUCACAAUUACCAGCAAAGCAGCAUAAUAACAUGCAGAGCAAUAUAUUGUAAUUAUACAAACAGCAGCUUAACG